GCGUCGCGGGCCCCAGGGGCGGAGCCGGAAGUGGAGCGCUGCGGUCUCUACCUCUGUGUUCCGAGAGCCGGACGUUCCUCGGAUCUGUUCCUGGUCCCGGCCCAAGUCACAGCCUGAUUCCGGGAGACCGGAGCCCUCAGCCUGGGCGGGGCGGCGCGGGACGGAAGGACGCCAUCGCGGCCUCGGCCAUGGAGGCUCCCGCGCCGUCCCUCACGGAGGAGGACCUGACCGAAGUGAAGAAGGACGCUUUAGAAAAUUUACGUGUUUACCUGUGUGAGAAAAUCAUAGCUGAAAGACAUUUUGAUCAUCUACGUGCAAAAAAAAUACUCAGCAGAGAAGACACGGAAGAAAUUUCUUGCAGAACUUCAAGUAGGAAAAGGGCUGGGAAGUUGUUAGACUACUUACAGGAAAACCCCAAGGGGCUGGACACCCUCGUGGAAUCCAUUCGAAGGGAGAAAACACAGAACUUCCUCAUUCAGAAGAUAACGGACGAAGUGCUCAAGCUGCGGAAUGUAAAGCUGGAGCAUCUCAAAGGCUUGAAAUGCAGCAGCUGUGAGCCGUUUGCAGCUGGAGCCACCAACAACCUGUCUAGGUCCAACUCAGACGAGAGUAAUUUCUCUGAGAAACAGAGAGCUUCCAGCAUCAUGUACCAUCCCGAAGGGGAAUCUAGCACAGCGCCCUUCUUCUCUACUGCAUCUUCUCUGAAUUUGCCAGUCCUGGAAGUUGGCAGAACUGAAAACAGCAGCUUCUCUUCAGCCACACUUCCUCGACCUGGGGACCCUGGGGCCCCGCCUUUGCCCGCAGAGCUGAGGUUGGAAGAAGGAGGAAGUUGUGGAAACUCAAGUGAGAUGUUUCUCCCUUUACGGUCACGUGCUCUUUCACGCCAGUGACACUUCACUGCCUAGUUUUUUAAUAGUGAUAAAAAAUGUUGUAAACGGUAUUGUAAUCUUUUAUAAAAACCACUGUGAUAGUUCACGCACAUUUGAUACAUGUCUUUUAAAUCACAGUGAACACAUUCUCUGUAAAUAGGAUUUGUUAGAGCAAAGCACACUAGGUAUAAAUCAUGGUCUCAUAUACUUUUCAAUAUUGUCCUUUUGCUGUUUUUUAGGUGUCUUAGAAUUUUGAACUUUUGAUAUUAUAAGAGUAAUUUUAUCAGAAUAUAUCUCAAUUUCAGAAAUCUACUUGUGAGCUGAGAAUAAUGUUUCUUAGCUUAUUAAUGCUAAAGUUUUCAAUCUGACCUUUUCUCCCAAUGAUCUGGCAGUACCUUGUAGCAGAAAGCUUCCCUGACUCGAAGUAAAGCCAGGCACUGGGAGGGCUGCUGACACUAAGGAGACUCCCACUCCUUGGUUCUCAAGAAACACCUGAUGAUGCUGAGCCACCUGUGACCUCAGUUGGCCAAAAUUGGUUUUAUACUAACUUGCCAGGUGAUGGGACUGUCUUUGCAUUUUACAGUCUGUGUCAUCAUUCUAAUCCCUGAAGAAUAUUAUCCUGUUAGGAUAUUACUUGUAAUUAAUUGAUAAUAUUUGUAAUUGAUUAGAAAUACUUCCUCUGAGCCUUUCAUUCUUUUUCGGUGAACACUGCUAUAUGGAUAAAGUGACUAGAGCAAUUGAUUUUAGAAUGUGUGACAGUUUUGUUUUUUACAUUUUCAUCAAGCAGCCACUAGCUACAUCUGUGUUUAUUGUAUUACAAAGUUUGACUAACUUUAUACCUUUUAAAAAAUGAUUUUUUAGUUAAAUUAUAAUUUUACCUAUUUCUUGACAUCCACCUCUGUAUUUCUAUUAUUUAAGAAUUAAAAAAUGAAAAUUGC